AUGGAGCUCAUUUCGUAUGCGGUCAUCCCCAAAUCCUACGAGCCUUGGACCUUCUAUGACGGCAGUUCGUCCGACAGUUCUGUCAGCAUCUUCUCUCGACUCCGCAAGCGAACUGGACGCCAGACCCAGACCCAGACCAAGGCCAAGACCAAGACCAAGACCAGAGGUUCCAGGGGAACCGGUCUACCAUCAACCACUGGCCAAAUGAAACGAAGUACGAGAACUGACCCUGACUCUCAAGUGAUACGGCGCAGCGUGAAGUUUACCCAGCCUAAAUCACCACCUCCACGGUCAGCUCGGUCUUCGUCUCCAGACCGUAGACCGCGAGGUCUAAAAGCCACCCAUAUACGACUUAGCCACCGGCGUGCAUAUACCUCACCUCACCCUCAACCUCAACACGAAGAUAAAGGGAAAGCGCUGCUCAGGCCCGAAGCGAGAGAUGCCACGCCUGCGCUCCAAGCUGACGCUGAUACUGUCACUGGCAACGCGGAUCCUGCAGCAAAUGCAUCCACGCAGUGGAACUCCUCCCGGGCCAUUAUCCUCGUUGGUUCGCCGGCCGACCUCCUCGUCAGCAGCCUCACCCCGGAAAUCUUCGUUCGACAGUUUUCCUGUACCGUCCAUCUGGUCGAUACUCUGGCCCAGGCCCAGGCUCCUGACCGGGACUUGGACUUGGACUCGGACCUGCGUGUCCUUCCACGCGUCGUGCUCGUCAGUCGCAGCGCCCUUGCCGCGGCACCGUCGAUCGACACUUCCAGCACACAGACUAGCAGUGAGGAUGGCGGCCACGAUCACGGUCACGGUCACGGUCACGCAGACACCCACGCCGAUGUCGAUGCCGAUACCGAUGCCGAUACCGAUACCAACCCUCAGGCGAAACGCCGCCUGAAGGUCAUUGUGCUUCUGGACUCCAAGCCCCUGGCUCAAAUCGUCGACCUUUCUUGGGCCGACCUGAUCGUCCACGGUCCGUUGGAUGUAGACAGCCUGCGCUUCUACUUGAGCGGCUUGUGUAAAUGGCCAUUUCCGACUGCAGCCGAGUAA